AUGCUUGGCAAAUGCAUCAAGAAGGCUUCGUCCAUCGGACAAACAAUGCGAUUCAGCUCCGGCGAUAUUCGUCGUGUCACAUUGAUUCCAGGAGACGGUAUCGGACCAGAAAUCUCUGCCGCCGUUCAAAAGAUCUUUGAAGCUGCCAAUGCCCCAAUCGCUUGGGAUCCAGUCGAUGUCACUCCAGUAAAAGGACGUGACGGAGUUUUCCGUAUUCCAAAUCGUUGUAUCGAGCUGAUGCAUGAGAACAAAGUUGGACUCAAGGGACCACUCGAGACUCCAAUCGGAAAAGGACACAGAUCAUUGAACUUGGCUGUCAGAAAAGAAUUCAAUCUGUACGCCAACGUUCGUCCGUGCCGUUCCCUGGAAGGACACAAGACAUUGUACGACAAUGUCGAUGUUGUCACCAUUCGUGAAAACACGGAAGGAGAAUACUCUGGAAUUGAACACGAGAUUGUGCCAGGAGUCGUCCAAUCGAUCAAGCUCAUCACUGAAACCGCCUCAAGAAAUGUCGCCAGCUUCGCCUUCGAAUACGCCCGCCAGAAUGGACGCAAGGUUGUCACCGCUGUGCACAAAGCCAACAUCAUGAGACAAUCAGACGGUCUGUUCUUAUCUAUCUGUCGCGAACAAGCCGCUCUGUACCCAGAUAUCAAGUUCAAGGAAGCCUACCUCGAUACCGUUUGUCUUAACAUGGUCCAAGACCCAUCCCAAUACGAUGUCCUCGUUAUGCCAAACUUGUACGGAGAUAUCCUCUCCGAUUUGUGCGCUGGUCUCGUCGGAGGACUCGGAGUCACACCAUCCGGAAAUAUUGGAAAGGAAGCUGCCGUAUUCGAAUCCGUUCACGGAACCGCCCCAGAUAUCGCUGGACAAGACAAGGCCAACCCAACUGCUCUUCUCCUUUCUGCUGUUAUGAUGCUCCGUUACAUGAACCUCCCACAACACGCUGCUCGUAUCGAGAAGGCAGUAUUUGACGCUAUCGCCGACGGACGUGCAAAGACCGGAGAUCUCGGAGGUAGUGGAACGUGUUCUUCAUUCACCGCUGAUGUCUGUGCUCGUGUUAAGGACCUCGCAUAA